UGAUCAGCUGUUUAUGGUCCGUUAUUGGAAAAUCUUAGGUUGUGUUUUUCUUUUCUCGGAUUGUAAAAAUGGCAUUAACUAACUUGUUAGUGAAAAAUAGCUUAAGCACCGUUAUAAGAAACAACAAUCCUUUGUUGAUUUCAACGCGAUUGGGACACACAAUACGUGGCAAACGACCAGGUGUUGCAAAAACACUAGAGCAACGUUUGCAGGAAGAAAAUACCAAAGAUCCAGAGUUGACUGCACGUGUAAACAUUGGGUUCCCACUUCUAAAAUCAUCCCGCUCGGAACAGUUGAAACAACGACUGGCGCACUUGAAAGCGCAUCGUUCCAGUGAAGAAGUGGAGAAAUUGGCCCGCUCAAAUAAAUUGUUAAUUGAUUUGGAUGAAGUGCAACGUGAGUAUCGUUCCACUACAGGUCAAUAUGAUUUGCGUGUAAUUGCUGACCAUUAUGGCAUUUUUGAUGACCUAUUCGGUUUGGCAUACUUCGUACCUCGUGUGGCACUGAAUAUUCAGUAUCCACUGGAUGACGGCAAUUUCAGCUGUGUUUAUAAUGGAAAUGUUAUAAAGCCUGCAGAGGCUGCAAAUGUACCCGAGGUUAGCUUUGAUGGUACAAUCGAUCCUAUAACUGGGAAGAAAUCAGCAGGUGAUAGCUUUUGGACACUUGUAGCAACGAAUCCUGAUGCGCAUUUUACGGACAGUACUUCUGAAUAUGUACAUUGGUUUAUUUCGAAUAUUCCAAAUGGUGAUGUCAAGAAGGGCGAAGUCUUGGUCGAAUAUUUACCACCUUUUCCACCAAAAGGCGUUGGCUUCCAACGUAUGGUCUUUGUAUUAUAUAAACAAAAUGGAAAAGUCGAUUUCAGUAAAUAUAAGCUCUCACAAAAUGAAACGAAUAUUCUAGAAAAGCGUACAUUCAAAACACUGGAUUUCUAUCGCGAAAACCAGGAUAAUAUAACACCAGCAGGACUUGCAUUUUUCCAAAGCGACUGGGAUAGUUCAAUAACGAACUUCUAUCACAAUGUAUUAAAUAUUAAGGAGCCAGUUUUCGAAUAUGACUUCCCCAAACCAUAUUUAGCUGAUCAGAAAUUCUUCCCACUGAAGCAAGCGUUCAAUUUGUAUAUGGAUCGUUAUCGUGAUCCUGAAGAGAUCAACCAAGAGUUCCUGGAACGUAAAUUGGCGACGACGCAUCCAUUUGAAGGUCCUGAAGAACCGCUCCGCUUUCCAAACGCGCAUCCAAUACGUGGUGUGCCGUCAUGGCUGAAAACAGAAAUACGAAAGCGACGACUGGGUAUUGGUCGCAUUAAUGACUACAAAUAGGAGUAUAUUAGAUAAAUUGUGAAAAAACAUAAAUAAAAUAUGUAAACUAUUACGAAAUAUAUAAUAAAACAAUUUAAAUUAACA